AAGAUACUGAUCAUCAGAAAGGAAACAGAAACCUUUCCGAAGCGGACGUGAACAGCAUUUUGAAUUCAACCAGCGUUUACCAGUGUCAUGGAAACAUCGUGGCUGUAUGUCAAUUCGAAAUGUGGAUGCACGUUCGUCAACAAGUGCAGCGGGACCAGUCCAGAUUGGCUAUUCAAAUUAGCGCGGGUUGAUAUCACCGUGAUCUAAGCGCUAAUGCUGAUCCGCUCUAUCCCCAAACAAACGUGUUCUGGCGGAACUCGUCUUGCACGUGGACUGAAAACAGCACCUCUGAGAUAUAUCAAGAGUUGUGCCUCCUUCGUGUUGUACGCAUGUCUAGUCGUUCACGCGCUAGUAUUAAUCACUAUUGUCGGACGCUAUGAAGAGCUUUGUUGAGAUAUGGCGCUCCUAUACAUACGAGGAGCGACGGAACAUUGCCUUCUACAUUGGUGGGAUCAUGUUGUACAAGACAGGGCUUGAAUUCUUCAAUGGGUCAAUAACAACACUAGCUACGGAUAGGUUUGCCCAAGCAGAUACAUUCACUAAGCUUGGUGCUGCUCAAGGUGUGAAUCAAGCAGCCCAAUGUGUCGGUGCUAUCCUCAUCGCCCCCCUCAUCGUGCGGUUUCCUACGAGAACCGUUCUCGGAGUCUCGGUCCUGUUCUUCAGUCUCAUGACGAUGGUUCUGUUAGUUGUGGAUGCCGCUACCGGUGGGAAGAUACGCGAGUCCGCUAGUAGUCCGACACAUUACGGGACCUGGAAUCCAAAUGCGAUAUUCAUAAUAUGGACGCUCAGCGGUGUCGCAUACGGAAUGGUGGAACUAAUACGUCGAGUCAUCCCGUGUGAUAUCGUCGGAGGCGACGUGGGUAAACUGAGGCGUAUGGAUGCGACGGUGCACAUCUUCUACGAAGUUACCGGUACCGUCGCUGCUUUUGCUUCAUCUUCUGCCAUCAGUCGGUUUGGAAAUAACUACAGUUUCUUUUUGAGCCCCGUGUUCUUCGCUCUGGCGGGCAUGGUAUGGUUUUUUGUUUCCGUGCUCAACUACUCGCCCUAUGGUUCGCAAGAGGAAUACGGACUGGAUGAAGUCGAUCGGCCGAAACGAAGCAAGAACUAUUUAGUUCAAGUCUAUCGCGGGAUCUCUGGAUUUGGAGAGUCCAUAUGGGUCGGAACUAUGAUGGUACUUGGUAACAGGAGGUUUAUAUGGCUGGUUCCUGGAUACGCAUUGGCACUAUAUCUCCAUCGGUUUCUUGAGAACGCCCUUGCUCCAGCCUUUGCGAAACGUGCUCUAGGAGUCAGUGCCUGGAGUCAAAUAAUCGUCGGGGGCUCAAAUUUCGGAGAACUGCUCGGAGCUCUUUCUGUCUUUCUGCUUUCAGAUGUGGUAACCACGCCGAUCCCAUGGCUUCGUCUCGAUGCGCUUAUGCUCAACAUCGUUUGGGUGCUUCCUUAUUUCACCACCAUUACUGGACACACCGUAGACUGGGCAUGGCGACUAGCUGGGAUAUUUAUUCCUAUAUCGAUGAGUUGGGCUGCAGGAGAUGUAUCAUUAUCUGCUUAUAUCCAGGCUGCGCUCUCCACCGGCGACGCUUCUUUGGCAGAUAAAUAUCCGGGUGUAUCCCAUCUAGGCGCCGUCAUGGCAUUCCUGUACUCGACAUACAUCACCCUUUAUGCGGUGCUAAGCUCUGUCUUGGGCGAUGUCAUUGACCACGACUUUUCUGC